AAAGCCACUCAUUCGCACCCCGCCCUCGCUCCCAUCCUUUGCUCCGGAGCUGCCAUCAUCGCAGUCACGCCCCUUCCUUCCGAGGAGCUUUUGACUGCCCAAGCUGGUAGACCCCUGAUUUAUUCCUCCAUCUCUCUUUUUGGCCUCAUCUUCUCUCACUGCCCCCUCCACCCCUACCUUCAGUCUGUCUCGCCUCCGACCAUCUGCUGCUCCACCCUCCGGCCCGGUAUCCUGCCUGUCCACUGCCACCAAGGAGAGCCUGGAGGGAGCAGAGAAGAGGGAAACAACCGGGAGUUGGGGCUUCCCCCCCUGCUCAUCUCUGGCCUCUGGCCCGGGACAGAAGCCACUUGAGCGAGUAGACAGUCGUCACUUUGUCUUCGUUGCCUUCAGGGAGCUGCUGAGAAGGACAAAUAAGAUAACAGAAGUGAAAGAGCUUUUGUCUCCUUAGAAGAAAGGCUGAGAAACUGAAGAGUGACCAGUGGUUGGACUCUUGGCGGCGCUUACCCUGAACCUGAGUGUUAGGGGAGAGGGAAUCUGUCGUUGCGGUUUCUGGAGCUGCUCAUAAGCAAGAAUUCCCUAUCCUGAUCAAGGCUUUAAGCCUGAAAGAAAGCAGAAAUAGGUCAAGGGCAGCCCAGGUGCCCAAUUUCUCUCUCUCUUCACAAGGCACCACCAGCAAUAGAGAUGAGAAAUUCUGAAGAACAGCCAAGUGGAGGAAUCACGGUAUUGCAGCGUCUAUUACAAGAGCAGCUUCGCUAUGGCAAUCCUAAUGAGAAUCGUAACCUGCUUGCCAUACACCAGCAAGCCACAGGGAAUGGCCCUCCUUUCCCCAGUGGCAGUGGGAACCCAGGUCCUCAGAAUGAUGUGUUGAGUCCCCAGGACCACCACCAACAGCUUGUGGCACAUGCUGCUCGACAAGAACCCCAGGGGCAGGAAAUCCAGUCAGAAAACAUCAUCAUGGAGAAGCAGCUUUCCCCUCGAAUGCAGAAUAAUGAAGAACUCCCGACCUAUGAAGAAGCCAAAGUCCAAUCACAGUACUUUCGGGGCCAACAGCAUGCCAGUGUUGGAGCUGCAUUCUAUGUCACUGGAGUCACCAAUCAGAAGAUGAGGACUGAGGGACGCCCAUCAGUUCAGCGGCUCAAUCCUGGGAAGAUGCACCAGGAUGAAGGACUCAGAGACCUUAAGCAAGGGCAUGUCCGCUCUUUGAGUGAACGACUAAUGCAGAUGUCACUGGCCACCAGUGGAAUUAAGGCCCAUCCACCUGUUACCAGUGCUCCCCUCUCCCCACCACAACCUAAUGACCUCUACAAGAAUUCCACAAGUUCCAAUGAGUUCUACAAGGCCCAAGGGCCACCUCCCAGCCAGCAUAGCCUGAAGGGCAUGGAACAUCGAGGCCCCCCACCAGAGUAUCCCUUCAAGGGCAUGCCACCGCAGUCUCUAGUGUGCAAGGCCCAAGAGACAGGGCACUUCUAUAGUGAGCAUCGUCUGAACCAGCCAGGGAGACCAGAGGGGCAACUGAUGAGGUAUCAGCAUCCCCCUGAGUAUGGAGCAGCCAGGCCAACACAGGACAUCUUAUUGCCAUUGUCGUCCAGGAACUCUCAGCCUCACAGUCCUACUUCUUCCCUCACGUCUGGGGGUUCCUUGCCCUUGCUGCAGUCUCCACCAUCCACUAGAUUAUCUCCUGCCCAGCACCCAUUGGCCCCAAACCAAGGAGACCAGCCAGCUCACCUACCUAGGCCGCAGCAAUAUUUCCUUCCUAAUCAGGCUCACCAGGGUGAUCAUUACCGUCUCACUCAGCCGGGUCUGAGUCAGCAGCAGCAGCAGCAGCAGCAGCAGCCAGAAGGCUAUUCAGCUAUGCCUAAAGCUCAGCAGUCAUCUUCUUCUUAUCAGCCAAUGCCAGCAGACACUUUUGCCAUUGUUUCCAGAGCCCAGCAGAUGGUUGAGAUCCUCUCAGAUGAGAACCGGAACUUGCAGCAGGAGUUAGAAGGAUGUUAUGAGAAGGUGGCGAGACUGCAGAAGGUGGAGACAGAAAUCCAGCGUGUCUCAGAGGCAUAUGAGAACCUUGUGAAGUCAUCAUCCAAAAGGGAGGCCCUGGAGAAAGCCAUGAGAAACAAGCUUGAGGGAGAGAUUCGAAGGAUGCAUGACUUCAACAGAGAUCUGAGAGAGCGUCUAGAGACGGCCAACAAGCAGCUUGCAGAGAAGGAAUAUGAAGGUUCAGAGGAUACCAGGAAAACCAUCUCUCAGCUCUUUGCAAAAAAUAAGGAAAGCCAGAGGGAGAAGGAGAAGCUGGAAGCGGAGCUGGCCACUGCCCGUUCUACCAAUGAGGACCAAAGACGACACAUCGAAAUCCGAGACCAGGCCCUGAGCAACGCCCAGGCCAAGGUGGUAAAGCUAGAGGAAGAGCUGAAAAAGAAGCAGGUGUAUGUAGAUAAGGUGGAAAAGAUGCAGCAGGCCCUUGUACAGCUCCAGGCAGCAUGUGAAAAACGUGAGCAGCUAGAGCACCGUCUCCGGACGCGACUGGAGAGAGAGCUGGAAUCCCUCAGAAUUCAACAGCGCCAGGGCAACUCUCAGCCCACCAAUGUUUCGGAAUACAAUGCCGUGGCACUGAUGGAGCUCCUUCGUGAGAAAGAGGAGAGGAUCCUGGCCUUGGAAGCUGAUAUGACUAAGUGGGAGCAGAAGUAUUUAGAGGAGAAUGUAAUGAGACAUUUUGCUCUGGACGCUGCUGCAACCGUAGCUGCUCAGAGGGACACAACAGUCAUCAGCCACUCUCCUAACACUAGCUAUGACACAGGUCUAGAAGCUCGCAUUCAGAAGGAGGAGGAAGAAAUCUUGAUGGCCAACAAGCGUUGCCUUGACAUGGAGGGCAGGAUUAAGACCCUCCAUGCCCAGAUCAUUGAGAAGGAUGCCAUGAUCAAAGUACUCCAGCAACGUUCUCGGAAGGAGCCAAGUAAGACGGAGCAGCUGUCAUCCAUGCGGCCAGCAAAGUCUCUGAUGUCCAUUUCCAAUGCUGGAUCAGGCUUGCUCUCCCACUCUUCUACCCUGACUGGCACCCCUAUUGUGGAAGAGAAGCGGGAUGACAAGAGCUGGAAGGGGAGCCUAGGUAUUCUCCUGGGUGGAGACUACCAUGCAGAGUCUGUUCCUUCCACGCCCUCACCUGUGCCACCCUCAACUCCCCUGCUCUCAGCUCACUCUAAGACAGGCAGCCGAGACUGCAGCACCCAAACUGAACGGGGAAUGGAACCAAACAAAACUGCAGCUGUUGCCACAAUCUCUGUUCCUGUUCCAGUUGCUGCUGCUGCCACUGCAGCUUCCAUCACUGCCAAUGCUGCCACCAACACUGCCACCUCUGCCACCAACACCAACACCAUGGUAGCUGCUGCUCCAGUUGCUGUCGCCGCUGCUGCUCCAGCUGCCACUGCUGUCACUGCUCUUGCUGCUGUGGUUUCUCCAGCUACUGCUGCUCAGAUUACAGAUGCUGCCUCUGCUGUUGCUGCUACUGUUGCUCCUCCUCCUCCUCCUCCUCCUGCUGCUGCUGCUGCUGCUGCAGUUGUUCAGGUUGCUCCAGGUACUACAGCUCCAGUUCUAGCUCCGGCUCCAAUAGCGGCUCAGGCUUCUACUCCAGCUCAGACUCAGACACCAACUCUAGCUCCAGCUUUGGCUGCUACUCCAGCUCCAGCUCCAACUCCAGCUUUGGCUCCUGCUGAGUCUCUUGCAACUCCGGCAGCCACUCCUGGACCACGUCGUUUGUCUACACCAAGUCUGACCUGUAAUUCAGAUAAGACAGAUGGUCUUGCUUUCCACUCCAAUACUCUGGAAAGAAAAGCUGCCAUUCAGAUCUUGGGACAAGAGCCUGAUGCAGAGAUGGUGGAAUAUCUCAUCUAAACAGCUUAAUCAAGAGCUGCAGUUUAUCAGCAAGAAUGCUUUUAAUCAUUUUUCCCUUUUGUUGUUCUUAUUUUGAGAGUGAGGACAAGGGUUGGGGGAAUGUUUUUUAAAGGGACUUUUUAUUGAAACAAUAUAGUACUUAAGUAAUAACAUUAACUCCAGUCUAUUUUGGUACACUUAAAGAGUACCUCUAAAGACAGAUUAGUCAGAAUGUGCUCGGAAGGUUAUUAUAUGGAUUUAUGCAAAUACUAGGACUGUUAACAACAGCUGGAUAUAUGUCAGUGUUUUUACUGUGCUUAAAUUUGUGUAGCAUUUCCAUAUUCCAGAUCAUUUUUUUAUUGAAGAGCACACUGCAUUUGGAAGACAGCAUGUAACAUGUAGUUCAGAAAUGGAAAGUCAGAGAGAAUUUGCUCAUGUGCUGUUGUGUAGAGUUCCAUUCUAGGCAGCAUCCAGAGAGAGAACUCUUGCCUCAGGCUCACAAAACGGAAUAGUUUUAGGAGCCAUGUAAGCCAGAGGAAAGGUAGAGAAUAUUGGAGUGUGGAAGGAUGCUGGAGCUAAUUUUUCUUCCCAAUUUUCCAGCUAUCCUGUGCCAGGAGAUUGCGUUUAUCUUAAUUUCAAUGGUGCUUUGGAAGUGGAUUUUUUCGUUCCCUCAUGGAGGUUUACACACACACACACACACACACACACACACACACACACACACACACACACCUAUAUUCUGGAGUAAUUUCUGCAUUUGGAUAAUUACUAUAUUGCUUUCAGAUGCUAGGAGAGAAACUUCCUUUCUCUCAGGGAGUUAGAACAUCAGAGGCCUUGAUGGAAAGUUGCAUGAGGUACUGUGUGCAGACCUUUGUGAUCUGUGACUAGCUAUGAACAGCCAUUCCUGAGACCAAUCAGCUUAGUGUCUAUUUCUUCUCUACCACAAAUUCACUGACUAUGUCACCAGUUUUAAAUUGCCAAUCAUUUUCAAAGUGAGGAAACGUAUUUGGUGAUGUGUUGAACUCCUUGGAUUUCUGGUGACUACUUUGAAAUAACUCUUUAUUUUCCCAAAUUCUUAGCCUAUGUCAUAAAAGGCAUAUUUGACUAUCACCUCCAAGGGAAUAGCAUUAGAAGCCCAAAGUACUAUGCUGCAUUUAGGGGAGAGGUGGUCUGCAGCAGUGUCCUCAGCUACCUCUUCUUAUGGCUAGUGAAUUCAUCUUGGAAUACUUUAGAGAAUAGCAGGAAAUGUGCAUGUGGGCAGGGAUCAAGGAGGCCAUGGCUCCAAACUGCCUAAGGGCUGCCUCUAGGGACACAGAAAGGCUGCCUAUUGCCACAGGUCCCUGCACUAUGUUACUUCUCUGCCCUUCAUUAAGGUGACAGAUCCACAGACAGUGUCACUAUCAGUUUCAAGGGUAUGGGGGGAGGUGAGGGGAGUGGGGAUAUUAGAUAAGGGUGGGAGGGUAGAGGCUUGGAGAUGUAUUAGUUAGAAACCAGAUUAAUAGAAGAGUAGGCCUGAUUUGUUACAUUAUGAGAUAUAGUGGCUAGAAGGAACUUUAGCAAUACUAUAGCUCUACUCCCUCAUUUUAGUGAUGAGGAAUCUGAGACCUGGAGAGGUUAAGUGACUUUUUCAAGAGCACUCAACACAGCUUUCCACUCUGCCAAAUACCAUGAUUAUUUUGAGAUACCCUUAUAUAGAAAAAGCCCCAUUUUAAGAAAAGAUAUCUUCAUAGUCCAGAGCUUAUGUAUUUUAUAAAAUGUCUCUGGAUUGAGUAGUUUGUCCAGGGUUAUGAAUUCCUAUUUUCCCUUUCCUGCAGUGCCUUUUGCAAGGUUUUCCUUUUCUGAUCCUAAGAGUUACAUAAAACAUCCCCCCCUAAGAAAUCAACCUCAAUUCUUCUCUUGCUAUGAUAUUGGUUGUCUUGGAUAAUCCUACAGGGUUCCUCUAUGAGUAUAGGAAUGGCCUAUUUAACAGUAUUCUUGUUUCAUUCCUAAUUAUCUUCCAAAGGAAUUGUUUUAUGUAUGAGUAGGGAAGAGACAAGAGGGAAGGUGAUAUGAUUUUCAGCCAGCCUGACAUUUUCAAUAGUGAAAUGAUCAUCUUACACAUUAGUCCUCAGUUAUCAAGUGAAUACCAAAUAGAAAUUAAAAGUGCAGUUGUGUUACUACCCAUUCAUACUACCCUUUAGUCAUAAGGAAAAGAAAGUCAAAUAGUAGAAGCAGCAGUAGUAAAGUAGUAAACUUUAGGACUCCUACUUUCUAUCCAAAUAAAUAAAUAAAAACAAAAAUUUUAUUUACCCCUUUCAUGGUUAUAACACAUUGCCAGAAUUUUUGCUAGCUCUGGGAGCCAUGAUUUUAAUCACAUUCUGUAAGGUGACAAAUGUCAUGCAUUCCACCCUGUGUGUCAGCCAUCUCUUGUGUAUUUGGGAGAAAGGGGAAAAUUCUUGGCUAAGUACUAUUUUGAACUUUCUGCAACAUCUCUGACCCCUCACACUAGAAACAGUCCCUUUUGGCUCAGUUUUUAAUCCCAGGUAAUUAGUUAAAAUAAUAUUGUACAUCUAAGAGAUGGAAGAAGUCCAUGCCAGUGUAUUAUGUUUACAAAGAAGAUAGAUUAAGCCUUUUUGGAAGAUCUCUAAUAAGUGUCAUUUUUAAAAUUCAGGAUUAUGAGACAAAUCUCAAGUUAGACACCUUUUUACAAAUGCGUGGAUGUAACAUUUGGGGGAUCUUUCUGGACUCCCACUUACCUAUGCAUUUUACUAGCACCUCAGAACAGGAGGGUAACCUUGUUGUCUUAACUUGUACUGCCUAGUGGUCUCUGGGGGACCUUCUAAGUCAAUUGUAUCCCAAUGUUCCAUGUACAGAAAAACUUCAUUAGAACAAUAUUUACUUGGUAUAAAAUUCUUAUUAAUAAUUUUUUAUUAAAUAAAAGUAGCUUGAGCUUUCUUUUAAAAUCAUGUAUCUUAUUAUUGUUUUAAUGAAGGAUUUAUUUUCAGUGCUGCUUUUGAGCUUUAGGAUGGCAGGAUAGCAGAAGCCUGAAAUACCUGUCAUCAUCUGCUAUAGGUAACAUACUAAGAGACCCAUCACUUUCGUUUUAGUUUGUUACACAGUUGGGUGGAUACAACAAUUGGAAAAUGAAUAAACUUAUUGUGUAAACUACUUUUUAUGAAGAGCCUAAAUACUAAUAAUGUGGCAGCUUAAAGUGUAUAUCUAUGCACUAAGUUUUAUAAAUUAUAUUCUCUUGUCCUUUAGCCAUACAAUUUCCUGUUAUAUCUCAGUUACUCAUUCACAUAUGUAAUGUGCUACUUAAAAUGUGUGCAUUCUUACUGAACAUGUUUUCAAAGGAAGGCAUCAGCUAUGGGCUAAUUGCCACCAAUUUCAGCCCGCCAUGAUCCUUGGAAAUAAAUUUUCUAAGUGCCAUCCAUCAUCAGUAGGACAAGUGUCCGGGAGUUUAUUAUUUUUCUGGUAGCAGUGAUAGGUUACCUGAAACCAUCAAACCUCCUUCUGGCCUCCCUUGUUAUUAAUGGCAUGUGUUUGUAAAGUGGAUAGCUUUAGUUGGCAGAUGGCUAGAGAACAAUCACCUUUGAUUUGAAAUAUAUUGCCCCCAUUAUGAUUAAGACCCCAUUCUGUAAUCAACUGAGCUAGUUCCAAUAAAGUUAAGCAGGUUUGAAUCCACUCUGUGCCUAUUUUUUCACUGACAAUAAAGUUAGCUAUUUUAAAAUGCA